AUGGCGGCGGCGGCCGAGCCCGGGGCCCUAGGCUGGCUUGGCGGCGUCUCCCCGCGCUCGGGCAGCCCGACCUCCAGCCCCGAGCUGGGCGCCGGAAGCCGCUCGCGAUCGGGGCCGGGGUCCGGGACGGGGUCGGGGCCGGAGCGGUCGGGCGCCAGGCCCCCAGGGCCCGCCGCGCCGAGUCACAGCUUCAGGAAGGUGACGCUUACCAAGCCCACCUUCUGCCACCUCUGCUCCGAUUUCAUCUGGGGGCUGGCCGGCAUCCUGUGUGACGUUUGCAACUUCAUGUCCCACGAGAAGUGCCUGAAGCACGUGAAGACCCCCUGCACCAGCGUGGCUCCCAGCCUGGUCCGCGUCCCGGUGGCCCACUGCUUCGGCCCCCGGGGGCUCUACAAGCGCAGGUUCUGCUCCGUGUGCCGCAAGGGCCUGGAGGCGCUGGGCCUCCGUUGCGAAGUGUGUGAGCUGCACGUUCACCCCGACUGUGUGCCCUUCGCCUGCAGCGACUGCCGCCAGUGCCACCAGGACGGGCACCGCGAACACGACGCACACCUCCACCACUGGCGGGAGGGGACCUUGCCGUCGGGCGCUCGCUGCGAGCUCUGUCGGAAGACGUGCGGCUCCUCGGACGUGCCGGCCGGCGUGCGCUGCGAGUGGUGCGGCGUCCAGGCCCACUCGGUCUGCUCCGCGGGGCUCGCCCCCGAGUGCACUUUCGGGCGCCUGCGCACCCUGGUCCUGCCCCCCGCCUGCGUGCGCCUCCUGUCCCGAAACUUCAGCAAGAUGCACUGCUUUCGAAUCCCUGAGAUCGCGGUGCCGGAGCCGGGUGAGCCGGGUGACGGGGAGGGGUGGCCGGCGCUGGGCCGGGCCCUGACUAAGGCCGUCUGUGACCCUCUCACAGGGGACGGGGAGGACAGCGCCGAUGGCAGCGUCCCCGCCGGCCCGGGCCGAGAGGUGGGGGCGCCUGAGUCCGGCAAGCAGACUCUGAAGAUCUUUGAUGGCAGCGACGCGAUGCAGCGAAACCACUUUCGUACAGUCACGGUCCCGCACCUGGCCCGGAGCCAGGAGGUGCUGGAGGCGGCUCUGCGGGCUUACUACAUCCCCGAGGACCCUCAGGGCUUCCAGCUGCAGGCGCUCCCCACUCCUGCGCAGCUUGGAGACACCGUGGCAGCGGGAAAGGUCUGGAGCGCUGGGUCCACUGAGGAGGAGGGCGGCAGAGCAACUUGCCAGGCCUGGGUCCUCCGCGCUCUGCCCCGCACCCAGGAGAUCCUGAAGAUCUACCCGGCCUGGCUCAAGGUGGGUGUGGCCUACGUCUCCAUCCGUGUGACCCCGCAGAGCACUGCCCGCAGCGUGGUGCUGGAGGUCCUCCCGCUGCUCGGACGCCAGGCUGAGGGGGUCGAGGGUUUCCAGCUUGUGGAGGUGCUCAUGGGCAGCAGACAAGUCCAGCGCACGGUGCUGGCAGACGAGGAACCCUUGCUCAACCGGCUUCAUGAGAUCCGGCAGAUGUCCUUGCGGCAGAUGAGCCAGACACGGUUCUACGUGGCUGAGAGCAGGGCGCUGGCCCCGCGCGUCUCUCUGUUUGUGGGUGGUCUGCCGCCGGGCCUGUCCCCCCAGGAGUACCGCAGUUUGUUGGAUGAGGCUGUUGCCAGCAAAGCUGCUGUGGUGACUGUGAGCCAUGUCUACUCCGCCCAAGGUGCCGUGGUGCUGGACGUGGCCUGCUUCGCGGAGGCUGAGCGGCUGUACAUGCUGGUCAGGGACACAGCUGUGCGUGGCCGGCCGCUGAUGGCCCUGGUGCUCCCGGAGGUGCUGCACACGAAGCUGGCCCCAGACUGCCGCCCCCUGCUCGUGUUUGUGAACCCCAGGAGUGGAGGGCUCAAGGGCCGUGACCUGCUCUGCAGUUUCCGGAAGCUGCUCAACCCCCACCAGGUCUUCGAGCUGACCAAUGGGGGGCCACUGCCUGGGUUUCACGUGUUCUCCCAGGUACCCUGCUUCCGGGUGCUGGUGUGCGGCGGGGACGGCACGGUGGGCUGGGUGCUCACCGCCCUGGAGGACAUGAGGCACCGCUUGGCCUGCCCGGAGCCUGCUGUAGCCAUCCUGCCCCUGGGCACAGGGAACGACCUGGGCCGGGUCCUCCGCUGGGGGGCGGGCUACAGCGGGGAGGACCCAUUCUCCGUGCUGCUGUCAGUGGACGAGGCGGAUGCCGUGCUUGUGGACCGCUGGACCAUCCUGCUGGAUGCUCACAAGGCUGCUGGCGGGGAGGACAGCGAGGCAGAGGCAGAGCCCCCCAAGAUCGUACAGAUGAGUAACUACUGUGGGAUCGGCAUCGACGCAGAGCUGAGCCUGGACUUCCACCAGGCGCGGGAGGAGGAGCCCGGCAAGUUCAGGAGCAGGUUCCACAACAAGGGCGUGUACGUGCGGGUCGGGCUGCAGAAGAUCAGCCACUCCCGCGGCCUGCACAGGGCCCUCCGGCUGCAGGUGGAGCAGCAGGAGGUGGAGCUGCCCAGCAUCGAGGGGCUCAUCUUCAUCAACAUCCCCAGCUGGGGCUCAGGGGCCGACCUGUGGGGCUCCGACAGUGACUCGAGGUUCGAGAAGCCGCGCAUGGACGAUGGGCUGCUGGAGGUGGUGGGGGUGACGGGCGUUGUGCACAUGGGCCAGGUCCAGAGUGGGCUGCGCUCAGGCAUCCGCAUUGCCCAGGGGUCCUACUUCCGCGUCACCCUUCUCAAGGCCACACCCGUGCAGGUGGAUGGUGAACCCUGGGUCCAGGCUCCUGGGCACCUGAUCAUCUCGGCUGCGGGCCCUAAGGUCCACAUGCUCAGGAAGGCCAAGCAGAAGCCCAGGAAGGCGGGGCCCCCUAAGGAUGCACGAGCCGACGGGGCCCCGGCCCCCGAGGGGGACCCCAAGUAG